AUGGCAGCAGCGGAAUCAGAGCCUUUGCAGGGACGCGUCGUAUGGACGCCGCCUGAGGGGAAGAAGCGCAUGGAUGCGUUUCGCGAACGGAUCUGCAGGGAGCAUGACGUGCAGUUGAGCACGUACGAAGAUCUGCAUAAAUGGAGUGUCUCGGAGGUUGGCAAGUUCUGGCGUGCCGUGUGGGAUGAGAUAAACGUUAUAGCAAGUGCUGAUGCUGCGCAAGUCAUCAUGGACCAGGCGCCGAUGUUCCCACCUGCUGAAUGGUUUGUUGGUGCACGUCUGAACUUUGCUGAAAACAUCCUGCACCAUGGCCAAGACGAUGAUGUUGCCGUGAUUGCGUGUACAGAACGUGCGCAAGAUACGUGCCGCACCACGUAUGCAGAGCUUCGCAAGCAGGUCACUCAAGCGGCGCGUGCGUUGCGCAAGUUGGGCAUCGUUCCUGGCGACACCGUCGCAAGCUAUUCUGGCAACACACUGGAGAACCUGGUGGCUUUCUUAGCGUGCAGUGCCGUUGGAGCAGUAUGGACAAGUGUCGCUCCAGACUUUGGUACUUCUGGUGUACUUGAGCGACUCACGACGGUGCGCCCGCGGGUUCUCUUCAGCACGAACCAGGUCCUCUACAAUGGCAAACUCCACGACCACCUUGGCAAGCUGAACGCAACUAUUGACGGCUUGUUGGCGAUACAAGAGAAGGAACAGAAGGACAUGCAGGCGCACGAGGCGAAGAAAGCGAGUGAUGGCCAGGACACUCAGGAAGCGACAGAUGAGCCACAGGCCAAGAAGCGCGCUCGUCUCGAAGUUGCGGCGACGGCAUCGAGGCUCGAACACGUCAUUAUCGCACCUUACAUGGGCACCCACCCUGAAUCAGAUGCGCGCCCGAACGGCGUAGAGGGCAUGUCUGAUGCACAGGGAUUGAAGCGGCAUCUUUGGAGCGACUUUUUGAACGAUGGUGCAAGCGACGAAAAAUUUGAGUUCGAGCAGCUCGACUUCAAUCAUCCGCUCUGGAUCUUAUUUUCUUCCGGUACGACGGGAAGCCCCAAAGCCAUCACGCACCGUGCUGGUGGUAUGCUGCUGCAGUUCGGCAAAGAGCACCUCUUGCAUGGUGGCCUGAAGCGCGAAGACGUAUUCUUCCAGCACUCGUCGACUGGCUGGAUGAUGUGGAAUUGGCUCGUUGGUGCUCUCUUGAGCGGUUGUCCAGUGGUUCUGUACGACGGCUCGCCCGUGCAUCCAACGGAGGUGCUGUGGGAGCUAGCAGCAAGAGAGGGCGUCACCGUGUUUGGCACAUCCGCCGCGUACCUUUCGAUCAUGGAGCGCCGUGGCUUCGUUCCUACGGAACUCUAUGACCGUAUCAAGGUUCGCAUGAUUCUGUCGACUGGCUCGCCGCUCCGUGCUGAACUGUAUCCUUAUGCUGAAAAGCUUGUGGGCCAUCCCGUCCAAGUGGGCAGCAUUACAGGUGGUACGGACAUUUGCUCGCUCUUUGGCACACACAACGAGGCUUUACCUGUGCGUGCAGGUGAGCUGCAGUGUUUGGGCCUUGGCAUGGACGUGGACGUGUUUGACGACUCGGGUCACUCGGCACCAGACAUGGUCGAGGGCGAUCUCGUGUGCAAGAAGCCUUUCCCCGUGCAACCAAUUGGGUUCUGGCACCAACCCAAUGAGCGAUACAAGGACAGCUACUACACACAGUUCCCUGGCGUAUGGUAUCAUGGUGACCUAGUGAUGCGCUCAAAGCACGGUGGUCUGAUCAUGUUGGGCCGUUCAGAUGGCGUGCUGAACCCCAGUGGCAUCCGUUUUGGUAGUGCAGACAUUUACGAAGUGUUGGAAAGCUCGGAAGCCACAGUUGCGACGUCACCACUCUCGAAGAUCAGCGACUCAUUGGUCGUCGCUCUCAAGACACCUGCCAAGGACGAUGAAGUCGUAGUCUUAUUCCUCGUUGUGCCCGAAGACACAUCGGACGCUGAAUGGGAGUCAAUUGCCGCCGGGUCGAAAAGCUUGAUUCGCAAGCAACGCAGCGCUCGACACGUCCCUACAUUUGUGCGCCGCGUAAAAGGCUGCCCAAAAACUCUGAAUGGAAAGCGUGUCGAAGUGCCUGUGAAGAAACUUAUCAACGGCGCGCCCAUUAGCACUAUCAACAAGUCGACACUGAUGAACCCAGAAGUCCUUGAUGAGUACAUUGCCAUGGGUGAGGAACUUCGCAAAACCCUCGCAGAGAGCCGUGCUCCUACCAAAUAG